AUGGACGACGACAUACAUGCGCCUACAGUCUCGUCGGGCCCUACGUCAUCGGGCUACUCCAAUGGCGUCCCAAAAGAGCAGCUUAGUCUGCAAGAGCUCAUGGCAGAGAAGGACAGAGUAGAGGCAGAACUGAAGGCGCUGGGGCAGGUCUUGGACUCUCACGGCGUCCACAUGAACACGGGCUUGACCACCUUUGAUGGCUUCCCUCGCAGUGACAUUGAUGUCGCCCAGAUACGGACGACACGCGCGCGCAUCAUCCGCCUCAAGAAUGACUACAAGGACCUCAUGUCGCGCAUCGAGAAGGGCCUCCACGAGCACCACGCGCGCAUCGCAGAGCAAGCACAGAAUGGAGGAGCUGCUGACCAGGGCGCCGAAGCCUUCAGCGUACCACCCGCAGCGCUCGAAGCACCCUUCGCAAAGGUCAACAGUGUCGUGGCGGACAGCCCAGCAGAGGCAGCGGGGCUGAAAGUAGGAGACACAAUCAUCAAGUUUGGCUGGGUAGAUUGGACAAACCAUGAGAGGCUGUCCCGUGUCGCAGAAAUUGUGUCGCAGAACGAAGGGAUCCCACUCACUGUCCAGGUGUUGCGACCCAACGCCGCAGGUAGCCCAGCAGAGUCAGUACAGAUGCAGCUCACGCCACGGCGCAAUUGGGGCGGGAGGGGAUUGCUGGGCUGCCAUUUGCUGCCGCUGUGA